AUGUGGAUUAACUGCGGAAAAAUAUCCGACUUCACGCAAGCGCGAUACGUGGUCCGCCUGACCACAGGCAAGAAAGUCGUCUUGUUCCGGCUACCGACGAUUGACAAAUCAAAUUUAAAAUCAAACGAGACCAAUGACGGUUGGUCAUACUACGCCAUGGAGGCAGAAUGCCCACAUGCUGGUGGCCCAAUGGCCGACUCCUCGGUUGACAUCGAGGACUCGGCGUAUGUCGUGUCGUGCCCGUGGCACGCGUACGAUUUCAAUGUAGAGACUGGCGAAUCGAGCGUCGGUAUCAAGGCUUGCACAUUCCCUGUGGACGUGGGUGGCGAGUUCGUUGCUAUGGAUUUCCCCGUUGAGGACGGAGUCAGUGUUGGGCUUGAUAGUAUCGACCCUGUUAGUGAGAAAGUCAAGCUCAAGCACACGCGAUCUCCGAAAAAGGCCGUUGCUGAUCUCACUGCUGCUCUUGCUACUGUUUCUGUUUCUGCGAGUCCAGAGGACACAGGAAUGGCGACUUAUCUCGGCGACGACGCGACACUGUGUGACUGGGCUGCCCACGUUCUCAAUACUGCUAACCCAGAGCACAAGAUCGAGCUGGCUACGCAUCUUUUCUCCAUUUUUACUGCGAGAGAGGCAUCCGAUUCGCCCAUGCCGCUUGGCAGGGGCACUGUCGCACCGCCUGACCAGCCACCACGCGAGAAAAUGGAAACUGUUGACCCGGGCCAGAUGCCGAAGGCAGGACGAGGCGGGACCUUGAAGAGCCGCAUCGCUAUGCUCCAUGCGCUAGCCAAUAUCGAACUAUGGGCCAUCGACCUGGCUAUUGAUAUCUGCAUCCGCUUUGCGACGUUCCAAACAGAAGGGACAUCCCAGGAACUUCCACGCGCAUUCUUCUACGACUGGCUGAAAGUCGCGAACGACGAGGCUAAGCACUUCUCCCUCCUCCGUACCAGACUCGAGGAGAUGGGAGCUGCAUUUGGUUCGCUCCCCGUACACCACAGCCUGUGGCUAUCGGCGACCGAAACCGCGUACGACCUCCGGGCGAGAAUCAGUAUUAUCGCCCUGGUGCAUGAAGCACGAGGUCUGGAUGUCAACCCCAUGACGAUUGAGAAGUUCCGCAAAGCUGAUGAUGGUGAGAGCGUGGAGGUACUGGAGGUCAUUCACAACGACGAGAUCACGCAUGUUACUACAGGUCAUCGAUGGUUGACGUGGAUCUGUGCACAGGAGGGGACUGAUCCUGUUCAUGUCUUCCGGUCUAAUGUGCAAAAGCAUUUCAAGGGUCCGAUCCGGGGACCAUUUAACGAAGAAGCGCGAUUGCAGGCUGGAAUGGACAAGCGCUAUUAUGAGAGUGCUCCUAGCGCUGGAAUUGCGGCUUCGUGA